ACCUUAGUAGAACAACCUAAACUAAACUGCCUUUCAAAAUAUCUCAGCGAGUGAGUGCUGUGACCUACAGUAUUGUUAACACUGUACUAUCAACAAUGGAACAAGAGUGCGACAAGUUCAACAGUUUUUUGGACCCACCAUCCUACUCUAGGCGAUGUCCCAGCGAGCAGAUGCCUCCCAGUGUGGUGGGGUUGUGGUCGAGUUUGAGGCUGACGACAUCAGGGAUGCGCGAGCUAAUAGAGCCCGGAGUAUGCCAGGUUCAGCUCUUAUCUACCUCAAGGGUCCCAAGUUUCUCAUCUAUGUCAGUGGAGCAUUGUCAAUGUGGGGUGACCGCAUGUGGCACUUUGCUAUCUCUGUGUUCCUGAUUGAGCUGUACGGCCGUAACCUGCUGUUGACUGCGGUGUUUGGAUUGGUAGUGGCUGGGUCAGUGCUCCUACUUGGGGCUUUGAUUGGAGACUGGGUUGAUCGCAAUCCCAGAAAUAAAGUUGCACAUGCGUCUCUUUUCAUUCAGAACAUCUCAGUGACAGUAUGUAGCAUUGUGCUCAUGUUGGUGUUCUCAUAUAAGCAAAGGAUUGAGCAGAUCUGGGACGGAUGGCUUACUGUGGUUUGUUAUACGGUGGUGAUCGUCCUGGCAGAUGUGGCAAACCUUGCAAGCACAGCGCUGACCAUUGCCAUUCAGAGGGACUGGAUAGUGGUUAUCACAGGCUACAACCGAGGUCACUUAGCUGGUGAGGGGAUUUGCUCUCUGUUUAUGCAAAUGUUUGUUUGUAUUCCAUGUUUGUCAUGGGCUCGCAUCACAGAGAAUAUCAGGUACUGCUCCGUUUUCUGCUCUUGCCAAAACUCCUCCAGUGGAAGCUCAUUAACCUCUGUGUCUUUGAUCCUAACAAAAGGAAUGAAUGCAACCAUGAGGCGGAUAGAUCAGGUGACUAACAUCCUGGCCCCACUAGCAGUGGGACAGGUCAUGACCCUGGCCUCCAAUGUAGUUGGCUGUGGCUUCAUCCUGGGCUGGAACCUUGUGUCUCUCAUUGUGGAGUUCUUCUUCUUGUCACGGGUGUACCGCAUCGUCCCUGCUCUUUCAAUCAAACCACCAGCAUUGGAGGAGGAUGAGGUGUAUCUGCAGAGCAUGGAGAGGAGAAGUUCACAAGGGGAAGGUAAUGUCGCACAACCUCAACCUCUGACAGAAGGCAACUGCAACAUAAGCCUGCCCCUAAAAGAAAUCACAGACCUGCCGCUGUGUUUCCGGAGGUUUCGCUGGUUGGUGAGCACCUGUAAGGACGGUUGGAGGGCCUACUAUCGACAGCCUGUCUUCCUGGCAGGAAUGGGUCUGGCUUUCCUCUACACCACCGUACUGGGCUUCGACUGCAUCACGACCGGCUAUGCCUACACUCAGGGUAUAAGCGGCUCUCUCCUUAGUCUACUGAUGGGUGUAUCAGCUAUCACAGGGCUGAUGGGAACCGUGAUGUUCACCAGACUCAGGAAGACCUAUGGCCUGGUUAACACAGGAAUCAUCUCAAGCUGCCUCCACCUGGGCUGCUUGCUGCUGUGUGUGUGCUCUGUGUUUGCCCCUGGCAGCCCUAUGGAUCUUAGCUUGCUGAUGCCCUACAUUACCUCCAACUCCUCUUCUGAACUUGGAGGGAUGGCAAGUCAAAGGCAAAAACACACUUAUCCUCUGAGGGGAGGCAGCAAUCAGCCACUGCUUCCUGACCGUUCCUCCAUUCAUUGGACCAACAACACUGUGCUUUUUGACAAUGUGCCCUCUGGCUCAGCGCCAGAAUCCUACAUCUCCAUUAUCCUGCUGUUCUUGGGCGUCAUCACAGCACGCAUCGGUCUCUGGUCCUUCGACCUGACAGUGACUCAGCUCCUGCAGGAGAACAUCUGUGAGUCAGAGAGGGGUGUGGUAAACGGGGUGCAGAGCUCUAUGAAUUACCUGAUGGAUCUGCUUCACUUCAUAAUGGUCAUCUCUGCUCCACAGCCACAGCACUUUGGCAUCCUAGUUAUCAUUUCUGUAUUAUUCAUCACCACUGGGCACACUAUGUACUUCCUGUAUGCACACAAAGCCAAAAGAAAACGCCGCCUCGACACAUAAGGAGCAGACGUGGCCCACACAUCCAGGCAUGAGAUGCUUACCAGCACUGACUCCACUCUGCACCUGUGAAAUGAAUGUCUCCCUCCUGUUCCUUCAGCAAUCUUAUUGCAACACUCAACUCCCGACGUAGCCAUUCAUUUCAGCACAACACAGCAAGUGCCUGUCACACCUCGGUUGCUUUCUUCCUGCAGGGCCAUGUGCCACAGCAGCAAACAAGAACUCAGGUGAAGUAGAGUGGGAGACACGCUCUCCCUUCGUGUACAUACGUUGAGGUGGCUACAAUAAAUGCAGCAAUGGUACCUCCAGGGGAACUGUCCUAAUCUAAUGUACAACAGGACACCAUGGUAAUGGCUAAGGCACCAGCACAUGCCUUUGCAAACCCUGUAGGAUUACUGCAAGACUUUCAUCAAACAAGCCUGUUAACUUACAUAGCUUUUUGGAUGGGAGGGUGGAUGGAUGGAGAGAUUUUUCUAACCUUCACUCAGUUAAGAACUGGUGUUGUUAGGAAAACUUAACAGUGAUAGAUGAAAAUAUAAACAAGACAAGACAGUAUUUUUGCAAGUGGCAUAGAUGUUACUGAUCCGUCCACUUGGAAAUAUUCCAGGAUGUCCAGAAAGGAACAUAAAGGGAACUUGAUGUGAGAUUGUUUGAUUUUUAAAAAAAAAAGAAAAAAAAUCAGAAAGGCACCCCCCUUUUAAUGGACAGAAGUGAAAGGACAAAGUAUUUCCUUCCCCUGGUUUGUUUCUCUGUGGAUGAAUCAAGCAAACAUUUGCCUUUCUUUUAUGCAUGUAAACCGGGUUUAUGGAUUACGACAACAACAAAAAAGAUCACAUCAUACCAUGUACUUUAGUCAAACUUCAAUACAAACUAUUUUAUUCUAAUUGCUUGUGUACUUAGAUAAAUAAAAAUAGUUUCCAAACUUUCUUUCCUUCCCAUAUAAAGAGUGAUAUUAAUAGUUUUAUAGAAAUCCAAGCAGAAAGCAAUCUUCAUUUUGUGACAUGUUUGAAAUCAGUGAUAGCUAUGUGUUGAUAGAAAAUGUCGAUCGCUGCUAUUGGCAGGAUUGUAUUACACUUUGCUUCAUUCUUUUGUAGUUCUGAUGAACUAAACUUUACCUUACCUCAACUAAGAACAAGAACACUUGGGAAUAUGACUUGGGAAUUACUCUCAGCUACUGUAUGUUUUCAUAUCUCCUUCAUGUACAGUGGAAAUAACAUCAAAGUUUAACCUUCUGUCAUACAACCAGCAACACAUCUCAAUAUAUUUGUAUAAUUUUCCUGUGAAAUUUCCAUAUUGUAUGUUGUCCAUAUUUUUCAGACUGACUAUUAUGAUAAUAAAGAUGACUGA